GAGAGAGAGCACAAGAGAGCAAGUGAAGACAGUGAGUGACCUACAAACAAGCUUAACUAUCUUAACUUCACCCGGGCUGCAGAUUAACACCGUAGCAGCUCCUGAAGGAGCCACACUGCUCCCCCUGCCUCCUCCCCUCCUCUCCCAAACGUGACACAUGAAGGUGGGAUAAUAUGGAGGAGGACGGAGAGGAGAAGGAGGAGGGGUUAUUUGAACAUCAUGAUGAGGGGAUUCAUACACAAACUGUCUCAGACAGAGGGAAGGGUCGGCCUAAAAGGCACCCGGACGUGGAGGUACGGUGGGAGAGCCAUGGUCACUCUCUGCAGGAGUGAUUAGCCGGAAUCAGCGGCUCUGAGAGGAGGAGACCAGUCUGAGUUUGGUUUCAUACUGGGUGCACUGGACAUGGUGAAAAACAGAGGAAAGAGUCAAGAAAAGUAAAACAAGAUACACAAGAAAGAAAAAGACAAAGACAGAAAGAUGGAUAAUCAAGACAAAGGAGGAGGAGGGAAGACAGAAAGACUGAAAGCUGAAGAGACUGGAGAUGAAGACAAGCAGACCAAAGACGAGCACAACAAGCUAGAGAAGGAGAACAGAGAGAAGGAGCCGAGCAGAGAGGCCCGGAGGGAGAACCGUCGCUGCCAGUGGAGGAACGGCUGGGCUCUCACCGAGCGUCUGGCCAUCAACGUGUCAGGGAUGCGUUACGAGACCCAGCUCCGCACCCUCGCCCAGUUCCCCGACUCCCUGCUUGGCGACCCCCAGCGUCGACUUCGCUAUUUCGACCCCAUGAGGAACGAACUCUUCCUAGACAGGAGCCGCGUCUGCUUCGAUGCCAUCCUCUACUUCUACCAGUCGGGCGGGAGACUGCGGAGGCCCGCCAACGUCCCCCUGGACAUGUUCCUGGAGGAGCUGCGCUUCUACGAGCUCGGGGAAGAGAUCAUCGAGCGCUUCAAGGGGGACGAAGGCUUCGCCAAGGAGGAGGAGAGACCCUUACCCACCAACGAGCUGCAGCGUCGCCUCUGGAUGCUGUUUGAGUAUCCGGAGUCCUCUGGUGGAGCUCGGAUCAUCGCCAUCAUCAGCGUCAUGGUCAUUGUGAUCUCCAUUCUCAUCUUCUGCCUGGAGACUCUGCCUGAGUUCAGGAUUGAGAAGGAACAGAGGGAGCAAUUCACCACCGUAGCGAACGAAACCAUCGUGAUCCCACCUGGGUUCACUCCCUUCCAGGACCCCUUCUUCAUCGUAGAGACGAUUUGCAUCUGCUGGUUCUCAUUUGAACUCAUUGUGCGUUUCACCUGCGCUCCGAGCAAGACGCACUUCUUCAAAGACGUCAUGAACACCAUUGACUUCUUCGCCAUCAUUCCCUACUUCGUCACACUUGGCACAGAGCUGGCCAAGGAUAAGGGCACGCAACCCUCUGUGUCUCUGGCCCUCAUCAGGGUCAUCAGGCUGGUGAGGGUCUUCAGGAUCUUCAAGCUCUCUCGUCACUCAAAGGGCCUCCAGAUCCUGGGCCAGACCCUGAAGGCCAGCCUCAGAGAACUCGCCCUGCUCAUCUUCUUCCUCUUCAUCGGCGUCAUACUCUUUUCUAGUGCGGUCUACUUUGCAGAGGUGGACAGGCCCGACACGGCAUUCACCAGCAUCCCUGAGGCUUUCUGGUGGGCGGUGGUGUCCAUGACGACGGUGGGCUAUGGGGACAUGUACCCGGAGACAGUUGGGGGAAAGCUGGUGGGCUCCAUGUGCGCCAUAGCCGGCGUGCUCACCAUCUCUUUGCCGGUGCCUGUCAUCGUGUCCAACUUCAGCUACUUCUACCACCGAGAGAUGGAGUGUGAGGACACCACACAGUACCACCACGUCUCCACAUCGCUCUGGGAAAAGGACAGGGAGGAGGAUGACGAGGGGGAAGAUGAGGAUGGACUGGACGAGGGGCCUGAAUGCAUGGGAGAUUAUGCACCGCUGUACGGGCAGAACUGCAAGGGGAUCUGCCCUCCACUCAACGGGACUCUUCUGGCAGGACUCUGUGCUGGACAAGAGACUGGAGAUCAGAGAGGAAUCAACUUCUACCUCAAAGAACCUCUGGUCACUCAGGUCUGACAGGGACAGAUUCACGUUCAAGCUGUGACUUGUCAAGAAAAGCAGAGAGACAGGGUGUUGAAAUGGAUGUCAAGAGUGACACGGGAGAAAACAUACAACAUGUACACAAAGACUCGGACUGAGACAAGCCCCUGUUUACGCCUCUCAUGUGAUCAUGACUUCCAUGAUUAUAUCUGACGCACAGAUUUACAGUGAGCAUCUGUUUUUCUCAGUAAACAAAUAUAUACAACACGCUGAAGCAGAUUUUAAAUACUUUCUCAAGCUGCAAUUCUACUUCUUACAGCAAAUAAAAGCCCAAAUGCAUAUUUACUCAAGUAAAAAUUCAGCCAUUAUACAUUUAUUAUUGAAAAUGUUAUUCUCUCUCUAUAUAUAUGUAGAAUUGUUUACUUGCAUGUGGAGAGAGUUAACAUUUUUUCUUGUUCAGCUGACCUGAUGUGAACUAGCUGAAAACACUAUCUGAUCAGAAUUAGAUUUGUGGAAACAUGCCAACUGAACUGAAGUGGUUUCCAUUUUCCUAUAAUUAGCACCAGACUGUAAACUCAUUUCAAGCAAACUUCCCAGAACAGAUAUUAUUACAGACCUGUUAAAUUAAAGCAUUACCAAAUUUCAAACUUGGCGAUGUGUAAUAUGUAGGUGUCCCUUUAAUCCAUUAUCCUGGUUUGGCUGAACAAAGGAGUUUCAACUUAAAAAGCUUAUUUACUGUUCAACAGAUGGAAAAAGUUUCAUUCCUGGUGGACGGAGGAAUAUUUGAGGAAUCUGGGAAAGUCAGAGAAAAUGUCAAACUCUGCUCAGAUCUCUCCAUAACAAAAGCUAAUUUAUAUCUGUCGCUUGGGUGUUAUUGUCAUUGCAAAAAGUUUCAUUAUGCAAAAUUGAUGAUUGCAUGAGAGGCACAAACUGGGGCCACAGUGACGCUGAAACUCAAUGUACUACUCCACAAACAGAACCGCUGCUCCUGCCGCAAUAUAUUAUAGACACAGAUAUUCCAGAGACGUUUUCAUAAUCCAGGUCGAGACUGUUUGCUGAUGUCUCUGUUGUCAUGACAUGACAAUGAGGACUGAAGUGCUGCAUGCUGGAAGUCCCUUCGCUGCAUAUUUAUCCAACUGUGUUAUCCAAAAAGAUGUGAACCGAAGCGCCAGUAACUGUUCCUGUGCUCAUACAGUAGCUGAACAAUAACAGUGAGUGCUGCAGGUGUUGAUGCGCUGUUCUUGUCAGAGUUAUGGCAGAAAUGCGGUGCGGUAAUCUCGCGCUGACGAGGACAACAAAGAGAUCGCUCAUCGGCCGGUGCUGGUGUAGACAGAGUUCAUGUAGUUGGUCCAGAGCCAGUUUGUAUGUUACACAGUUACACGGUGUAAUGGAUACAGCCCGGAGAGGCGUACGAAGAAAGCUGAUCUCAGGUCAGUUAAGCUGUAGGGCCUCCAAGUCACAUUUCUGUCCUGGUGGUGAAGCCAGAACUGUGUUCUGAUGGUGUGGGGCUCAACUAAUCACCACUGUGAACUAAAACUGCUCAGUGCACCAAAGUGUUAUGGACCAUUGUGGUGUAGGAAGAGCUGAACCCUCACCUUAUUUGGGUCGAAAGGAGCCAGUUGAGGUGGUUCAGGCAUGCGAUGGAGUUGUCUCCUGGACGCCUUUGGUACUGCCAUCUUCAGGUCUCUCCACAGAUCUUCUGUGGGGUUUUCUUGGCCGUUUGCUUCGGGUCAUUGUCGUGCUGAAACGUUUACUGUCCCCCCAGUCUCAGGUUGUGUGAACUUUAGAGCAGGUUUUCUUCAGGGGCCUCUCUGUAUUUGGCUGCAUUCAGAACCGACUUCCCGUCCCUGCUGCUGAGACACAUAAAAACUAGACAUGGGUUUUCAUUUGCAAUGAAGCUGGAAAAAAAGGGGCUUUCUUUUGAUACCUCCACAGAUCAAGGCAACAGAAUGCUCGGUGAACAAGGUACAUGAACCCCUGUAACAUCUGUUAAUAUAAUGGUCACCAGACACCAAAAGGAGUGAACAUCUGGAAUCUCAAAAAACAUGUGGGAUUUAUGUGCCAAUAGGCUUUACUCUACUUAUAAAUAAACUAAAUACACAUUUUCCUUUGCAGAGGUCAGUAGCAUGAUAAUAGAAACAGUGUAUUUAACCAUAUUUUGUAAAAACUAUGACUGUUCCAGAAGAUCCAGCGAAUAUGGACAAAAUAGAUAUGGAUGGACAGACGUAAUAGUGAUUAUAAUAAUAAUAAGCUUUCUAAAUGUGUGCUAUGAGAUCAUUUUUAGGUUACAUUUAGGGAUUUCUUUUUUGUCACCACUGGAUUUGACAUCAAUUCAUAAUCACUGCAGCUCUUAUGAAACAUUUCUCAAACCCGGAGGAGGUGAAUGUUUAACUCGCAAAAAAAAAAAAAGAAAAAAAAAUUGUUCAGAGUUUUACCUUUAAAAUAAAGUAAUAGUGAAUUAUAAGAUACUUUUCUAAACUGUUUUGACUGUGUGGAUGUGAAGUGAAUAUAUUCUUAGUACAAAUGUGGCUUUGUAUAUGUAUAUAUAUGUCUCACUUUAUUUAAUAAAGAUCAUAUUUUAUCACUCA